GUUGUAGUCGGUUGUGCCGGGGGCAAAGACGCGCGCGUGACGAUGAGACCCCUGUGAUUCGCGUUCACGUCCGCUUCCGGUCACGUUUCGUUAUAUUAUCAAUAAGAAAGUAUUCAUCGAAGAUUCGCACUCCGUAUAAAUCAAUUGAGAAAAUUUUCGCACACCGUAGCGACAUACGACGUGGAUUCUCUGUAAGAAAGGAAGAACUUUUUUUUUUUUUUUUUCCUCGCAAAAUUGUACCCGUUAAAGCUCAUCGCCAAAUCCGCGAAGGAUGUUCGCCUGCUGUUUAUUAAUCGCAGCAGGCGCUGCCGCGGCGGUCGUCAGUUCGGUCGGCGGUUUCGACGCACACCUUAGGGGUCCGAGUUUUUUAAUCGAACCGCAGUCAAGAAUUGAAUUUUCAAACUCAAGUGGCGCUUGGCUCGAUUGCGCAGCAUCCGGAAGUCCGCCGCCAAACAUUGAUUGGGUAACGGCCGACGGACUUCUGGCGAGUGACGUUCCAGGUGUGCGAAGAGUAUUGAGAAAUGGCACCCUCGUUUUACUACCCUUUCCGGCCGCUGCGUACAGACAGGAUGUUCACAGCGCAGCUUACAGAUGCGUUGCGAGUAAUGACGUCGGGAAGGUUUUGACCAGAGAUGUUCAGGUCAGAGCGGUCGUCGCCCAGGCCUACAAAGUCGAGGUGGAAGUUAUGGGAGGUGCAUCCAGGGGUUGCACUGCAGUUCUUCGAUGCGUUAUUCCAAGUUUUGUCAAGGAUCUGGUCAGGGUGGUUUCGUGGCUACAGGAGCCCUCUUUUUACAUCUACCCGUCUCUUCAAGGUGAUGGAAAAUUUCACCUUCUACCGACGGGGGAACUUUUGGUACACAGUUUGGAAUUCGGCGAUCAAUUUCCAGUCUACAGAUGCCGUACGAUGCACCGACUCACGAGACAAGUCGUCGUCAGUUCGGUAGCCAACGUUAGAAUAGCUGAUCACAGAAGCGCCGUUCCUCCGAUAAUUUUGGAACACUCAGGGAGCGUUCACGUCGCUCAAGACGAAUCGGCUUCUCUAGUCUGCGUCGCACAGGCAUGUCCUUCUCCGGAAUACAGAUGGUUCUCGCAAACCGGAGGAGAGCCGAUGCUUGUUCUUCCCGGACCACGAACGAGGCUUUUGGGACCCGUACUGGCCAUCGAAGCGGUCACCGCUGAGGACAGCGGUGUCUACAGAUGUUCAGCGGCAAAUCCUGAGGGCGAAGCCAGCGCCGAAUUAAGAUUAACCGUGACCGCUCCCCUUCACGUCGAAGUUACGCCGCCGUUGCUGAGCGUUCAUUUGGGAGGGAAUGCGGAAUUUCGUUGCGUAGUCAGUACGCACCCUCAAAGUGGUCAGCAUUUCGUAACGUGGUACAAAGACGGCAGACAACUUCCCGGCACCGGUAGACAGUCGGAACUUCUUCAACUGAACGGAAUUGGACGCGAGGACAGAGGAAUGUACCAAUGUGUCGUGAGAAGAUCCGAAGGUGACACUGCCCAGGCAUCGGCCGAACUGCAGUUGGGAGACGCACCACCCGUUCUCAGCUAUUUGUUCAUCGAACAAACUCUGCAACCGGGACCCGCGGUUUCCCUGAAAUGUGCCGCCGUCGGGAAUCCAACUCCUCAAGUAUCGUGGGCUUUAGACGGAUUUCCGUUACCGACAAGCGACAGAACGGUUAUCGGUCAGUACGUGACCGUACACGGGGAUGUUAUUUCUCACGUGAAUAUCAGUAACGUGAUGGUCGAAGACGGGGGUGAAUAUUCUUGCACGGCCGAAAACAGGGCUGGUAAAACUACCCACGCAGCUCGUUUGAACGUUUACGGUCUUCCCUACAUUCGAUUGAUACCGAAAGUAACGGCUGUGGCUGGCGAAAGUUUUCGAUUGAAAUGUCCGGUCGCCGGAUAUCCCAUUGAGAAAAUAAAAUGGGAAAGGGGAGGUCAAGAACUUCCGAAUGACAUGAGACAGAAGGUGCUUGCCGACGGUACUCUCAUCGUUUCUACCGUGCAAAAACAGGGCGAUUCUGGAGUCUACACUUGCUGGGCUACCAACAAACAAGGGCACAGCGCGAGAAGAUCGGGCGAUGUCGCUGUUAUCGUUCCCCCAAAAAUUAGCCCAUUCGACGCAGAUCGUGACCUUCAUCUUGGCGAGAGGAAAACAUUGACUUGUUCGGUAACGAAAGGUGAUCUGCCGCUGUCAAUAUCGUGGCUAAAAGAUGGCAGGUCUAUGGGACCAUCGGAAAGAGUGACGAUCACCAAUGUGAACCAGUUCAGUAGCAUACUGAUGAUUGAAAGUUUAUCUCCAGAUCAUAAUGGCAACUACUCAUGUGUCGCGAGGAAUUUGGCUGCCGAAGUUUCGCAGACUCAGCGUCUUGUGGUUCAUGUACCCCCUAUAAUUGAGCCAUUUACCUUCCAAGAGGGACUCUCCGAGGGGAUGCGAACGCGGACGGUGUGCGGGGUCGCGGCGGGAGAUCCUCCCCUGACUAUAUCCUGGCUCAAAGAUGGCCAAAAUCCAUUCCAAUUGCCGCCUAAGCUAGCUUCCGCUGCCAAUGUAUCACAACUCGAUCCUUACUCCAGUCUCCUAAGUAUUUCAAGUCUUUCCGCCGAACAUUCUGGCGACUAUACUUGCGUCGCCGCGAACCCCGCCGCCGAGGUCAGGUACACGGCCAAGCUACAGGUAAAAGUUCCACCGCGAUGGAUCGUCGAACCAUCGGAUGUCAGCGUUGAGAGAAACAAACACGUUGCUCUUCAUUGUCAAGCUCAAGGCGUCCCGACGCCCACCAUUGUAUGGAAAAAAGCGACCGGAAGUAAAUCCGGAGAAUACGAAGAGUUGAGAGAACGAAUGUACACGAAAAUUUUAACCAAUGGUACUUUAUUUCUGCAACACGUUAAGGAGGACCGCGAGGGUUUUUACCUUUGUCAAGCUAGCAAUGGAAUUGGUACUGGAAUCGGAAAGGUUGUACAACUGAAGGUCAACUCUUCGCCAUAUUUCGCCGCCCCUUCCAGACUCGUUACUAUAAAAAAAGGAGACACGGCUACGUUACACUGCGAAGUACACGGAGACAAACCGGUGACGGUAACGUGGUUGAAGGGUGGAAAAGUCGAGUUGAAUCCAUCGACGAAUUAUCGCGUCACUGUAAAGCAAGAGGUUACCCCCGACGGGGUCGUAGCUCAACUCCAAAUCGCAUCCGCGGAGGCAUCGGACAGUGGCGCAUAUUUUUGUCUGGCCAGCAAUCUUUACGGUCAAGAUCAACAGCUGGUCCAGCUGGUCAUUCAAGAACCACCUCAACCACCGAAUAAUUUAGAGACUGCUAUGGUAGCCAGCAGAAGUAUCAACGUAAAAUGGCAACACAAAGCACAAGAUACGGGGGAAGUUACGAAAUACAUCUUACAAUUUAAAGAAGGAGAAGGGGGAAUAUGGCAGCAACAAGAACUGACCGGAUCUCCAUUACCCUACGCGGCACUUAUCGACGACCUAAAACCAGCUACUCGAUAUUAUAUUCGUGUGGUAGCCGAGGGACCAGCUGGAAGAUCGGCGCCUUCUUCGGAUCUCGUUGUGAGAACGGAACCGCAGAGACCGGCUGGACCGCCGAUAAAUUUGAAUGCGCAGUCGGUUUCCGCCACCGAAAUUCUCGUCACCUGGAGUCCGCCGAUUCCGGAACUCAGACACGGAGAUAUUCAGAGCUUCAACAUAGGCUACAGGGAAACCAGCUCUGGAAAUCCGACGUACAAUUUCACGCCCGUUUCCGGCGACGGCGAGGAAGGUGGUGGCGAACUUCAUCUGACGGGAUUGAGAGCGUAUACGCAAUACACCGUGGUGGCUCAAGCCGUGAAUCAAGUGGGUACCGGACCUCUGUCAGAGCCUCGUACAACGCAGACGUUCGAAGACGUUCCCAGUAUGCCUCCGGAAGAUGUGAGAUGCGCGGCACUUUCGUCGCAGUCCUUGCAGAUCUCUUGGCAACCACCCCCGAGUUCUCAUUCCAACGGUAUUAUCCAAGGUUACAAAUUAUACUACGAACCCGUCUUGACCGAAACGUGGCGAGGAGUCGACGAGAUGGAGGUCCGAAAAACUAACGCUUUAACUACCGUCCUGACGAGUCUUCGUCGCUACGCGAAUUACAGUAUGCACGUUUUGGCGUAUACGAGAAUCGGAGAUGGUGUAGCAUCGGCUUUAACUUAUUGUCACACGGAGGAGGAUGCUCCUGGAAGCCCCGCGGAUAUUAGAGUGGUCGUAAGCUCCCCACAAGCUCUUUUCAUAUCCUGGUUACCACCCCUCGAACCAAACGGACUUAUCACGAAGUAUAAUCUUUACACAAGAGUGGUCGACGGUCGCGAAGAACUGAACCAUGGGAAAAAACCUCUGUCGGCAGCGGACACGUUCUUCGAAGCGACCGAUCUCCAGCAACACGUCGAGUACCAGUUCUGGGUAACGGCCAGUACCCGAGUUGGCGAAGGUCAAAGUUCAAAGGUCGCCGCUCAAGUACCUACUAACAGAGUACCGGCUCGAAUCACCUCUUUCGGGGGACACGUAGUUCGUCCUUGGCGGGGAUCCGCUACUUUGGAGUGCAACGCGGUCGGUGACCCAAGACGAGAAUGGCUCAAAGGGGUUGAACAAAUUCGGCCGGGUGCGAAUCACAAUAUACAAAUACUUCAGACGGGAGAGCUUGUUCUCGCGAGUCUUCAGACCGAGGAUAGCGGGAAUUACACAUGUCAAGUUGAAAACGCCCAAGGAAGCGACAGGCUACAGUAUAUGCUCACGGUACAGGUCCCUCCGAGCGCUCCGGUUCUCUACGUAACCAGUUCGACGUCGAGCAGCAUACUGUUACAUUGGAAACCCGGAAACACGGGGGGUGCACCCCUGACGGGAUACACGCUUCAUUAUCGUCGUACGCACGGAAAUCUUGAAGAACUUCAACUAUCGCGUAGAGCUACGAGCCACGAGCUAAAGAACCUCCUUUGCGGGAACGCCUAUCACCUCUAUUUGACAUCUCACAAUAAAUUGGGCAGCAGUCCAGCAUCUCCGACACUUUCCGUUAGGACCCUAGGUCAAUCGCCUGGGAUUCCACCAGCCGCUGCUUUUCUGGCACCGAAUUCUACGACUUUAGCCCUUCGACUGCAGAUUUGGCCUCACAAUGGAUGUCCGAUAAUGUAUUUCGUUGUACAGUAUAGACCUAUUAGCGAGUUUCACUGGACGGUUGUAUCGAACAGCGUAAAAGUGCAUCGAAGAUUUGUGAUAACCAAUCUAGCGCCCAGCUCAGUUUAUCAAUUGAAAGUAGAGGCGCACAAUGUAGCUGGUAGCAGCCAAGCGGAGUUCACUUUUGUCACGCUCACGAAAGACGGAGAUCUACCUCCGCCGGAACUAUCUAAACGUGGGAUUAUUGCCAUCCCAUUUUACGCGGAUGUCAAAGUUAUGCUACCGCUGAUUGUCGCGACCGUUGCUUUUUUGGCAGCUGCUGCGACUAUCGCUUUUUGCUGGAGAAAUCGGUAUUUGGGAGAUGGGAUUCAGAGGCCUAUGAAAGAAACGCAGGAAAAUCAACAGAAUGCAGAAGCACAGAGGGAACGUUACUACGCAACGAUUCAUAAAGUCGCACUUCAACAAGCAGCCAACACCGCUGGAGGACCGGACAAAAUCCCAGAGACAGCGGAAGACAUCUCGCCGUACGCUACGUUCCAGCUUUCGGAGGGUGGAGGGGCAAACCUGGGAGGCCUGGGAGGUGCGGCAGAAGCAUCGGCGGCCGGACUUCACCCCAACAACACCCUUCUUCACAGCUUCAUGUAUCACGAACACGCAAUGACAGAGGGAUGCGCCAGUCCCCCACCUGCAGCGUAUCAGUACUUGAAGAGUAUGAAGAGUGUUUCAUCGCGGAAACGUCAACAGAGGAAACCCCAGGCAGGUCAGUCGGCGAGGCAGACACCGGGAGAUGUGGAGAGCGACGAAAGCGAGUCUGACCAAGAACAGCUAACCAGUUCAAGAACCGAGUCGUCGAAUCAACUAGAUGCCGGCAGGCUCAAGCACAUUCGAGCUGUUUCAGACUUCAUCUACCACGGAACGUCCAGCACUUCAUCGGACAUUUCACCAAUGUCGGAGCAGAAGUCCCUUCCCCGAAGAGGGCGAUCUAGAUGGCUCGUCCCGAGCAGGAGUUCACUUCGCACGUUGCUACCACCAAUGGCAGUCGCAGAGACAGCGUUCAUCGGAGGUCAAGUACCAAACGAACGAAGCGAACGACCAGAAUUAAGUGAAGCGGAAUGCGAUAUUGAUUCUCUAAAAAAACUCAAGCUUGGUCUCCGUAGUUCGUUGUGGUCAAGACCAGGUACGCAAAACAAUCCUUCGUCUGAUUACUCAAUUGCAGUUUAAUGGAAAAAAAAAAUCAUAUCGUAAUUAUUUGCACAAUUAUUCAGGUGUGAAAGUUUUCGAUCAUCGAUUGAAAUUGAUCGUUUCAAAAGGCACUAACGAUUGAAAAUAGCGUUCAUUCUACCUAGUAUGAGUAAUAAUGGAAUGUAAGAAUUUCGAUUCUUAGUUCGUCUGGUUUUUAUUUUCGCUUCUUUAAUAAGAAUUUCUCAUAACAAAAAUGAAAUCUUAAUUCUAUAAUGAAUAACAAAAAAUUUAUCAUAGUGUGGAAAAAAGAAAUCAUCCGUAAAGAUCAUAAUUACCUAUAUUAUAAAGUUAUAGUACUUCACUGUAUAAGUGAGUUACAGGGUGCUCCCAAAAUAAUAAUUUAUUAAGCUAUGCAGAAUUUUCCAUUGUGUUAGAAUAUCGAAAAAAUUCAUAACGCAUUUUUUAUAUAAUGCUGAAUGAAUGAAAUGAAUAUAAAAAUAAAUAAAGGCAAACAUCAGUUCCAAAGUACAAUUGAGAUUCUGCACAACUCGCCGUAGAUCUAAAACGUGACGUGUUGACCGAAUGCGCAGUAUAUUACCGGUUCAUCCUACUGAAAAGCGAUGAUAUGAUCUGUUCAAUUUGGACAUCUUAAAACUGAAACUGCAAUUGAUUAUUCCAGAUAAACUAUCGUCGAGUAUAUGAUGUACUUAGAAUUACAAAAUGAAAUCUCAAUCAACAGUGAAAAAUCCCCUCCUUAUUCUAACUCGCGAUAUAAAAUCCAUCGACAACGAGUCUUCGGAUAGAAAAAUAAAUGAAUAAACAAAUAAAUACAUAAAUUAAAAAUACCCAAGAAACAAAUCAAAGGAGAAUAAAACCAAGUAAAAUGCAUAGUACAAUGUGCCAAACGAUGACUUGCUCAGAAAGCCGUGUCCAUCCUAUAUAUGAUUUUUAAUAGCGCGUAUAACACGCGUCGGAUGAGGACAAGGCCGAGACCAAAGACUUAUAAAACAGAGCACAGCACCAAAUCAAAUGAAAAUUAAAAAAAUAUUAAUGAUUUUCUAACGAAUUAAAAUUAUAUAAAAUUGAUCAAAUUUUAAUUAGAACUAUUGUGCCACGUACAAUUUCGAGUCGAGUAUAAUUAUAAUUAUAAUUGUUGUGCCAUAAAAACCACUGCAGUUUGCAGAACAACGCCACGCGCUGUUUAGCACAAAAUUGUAUAUCCUAUUCUUGUAUCUAAUGAAAGACAUAUUAAAAAAAAUUAAGAAUGAUGAAAUUAAAAAGAAAACGAAAAUAAGUAAAUUAUGAUAAAUCGUGGAAAAAAAUAAGAAAUACUUAUUGCAAAAUUAUCGGUGAUGAUGAUUGAGUGGAGAUAAAUAAAGCAGGCAUUCUAACGGUAAAGUGAUAAUAUUUUAAUGAUGAUGGUGACGAUGAUGUUGAAAAUAUGGAAAAGAAUUUUGAAUUGGCAUCAACAAUUUUAAUGUUGGGCUCUGUUGCAUUGUAAAGUUUAUAUACUCGUUGAUUAUUCUAAGUCCAUUCUAAUGUUAAGGUAUAUAAGAUAUAAUAAGAAAAUAGAUAACAGGACAGAAAAAAAAAAAUGAAAAAUACUAAUCAAAACUUUGCUGUAUAUUCAUGCUGUAUUGUACAUUCCCAUUCUAAUGUAUGCAUGUGUGUUCCAGUGCGAAAGAAAUUAUAGAACAAAAUUUAGAAAUUAAUAAAAAAAAAAAAAUAGAUUUUGUGUGUGCGGUUUGGAUGAACGUAUUAUAUGAGUUUAUACACUCAACUCUUGCAAUGAGACUGAUGUAGGAAAUUAUACGCAUUAUAAGCGCAGCGCUUUGAACAACUGUAAUCAAUAAUAAUUUAUUCACAAAUCAAUUCUUGUACGAUUAAAAUAUUCGCGAAACCUGAAUUCAAUUUUACAUGUAUUUAUACACGUCUAUAUGUACAGCUCUGAUUUUAAUUUUUCUACAGUGACGAAAGAUUGCACACAGCUAUUAAUUUUUUCAUUAACUAUUUUUUCCGAUCACCUUACAACGGUAAUAUUGCAGAGGUUUGUUAUGUAGCUAAUCAAAAUAUCGAUAACGUAAUAUGCAUACUUACAUACUACGUGAGAUCAAAAGUUGUAAAAUAUAAUAUUACGUAGAUUUUUCGAGAAAAUACGCGCGAAUAAUUUUUCAUUAUAAGUAGGCAUUAUACUACGUACUAAAUACGUACGAACGUACAUACAAACAUAUACAUAUUUAAUUCGUGUAAUUUUGUAUAUUUCAUUAUUAUAUCUUAUGAAUACUGCCAAUUUUUAUACGCUCAGUUAUACUACCAACUAUUAUGAUUAUAUAAUGAGAGAAGAACAAACAACGUAUUUCGAUGAUGUUAUUGUAUGAUUUUAUUUGAGAAUUAAUACAGAAAUAUGCCAACCUACAGAUGCCAUCUGAUGAACGAAAGAGUGCAAAUCAAAUAUUUAAUUGUAUAAAGAAAAGAAGAAAAAAGAAAAGAGGAAAGAAACUAAAACGUGUGUGAAUGAAGGUCGUAUGCGCAUAAAUUCCCCCGCCCACCCGCCCUUUAGUAAAAAAGACUGUAAACCCCUCCCAAUUUAAUUACGGAAUUUAAAAAUCAAUCGAUAAAAAUAUCUAAAAAAUGAAUAGAUAAAAAAUAAAUAAAUACACUAUCCCAUCGUUUGGGUAGUAACAAUGUAAUUUCAUUUUUAAUCGUAAGACGGAACUGUGUUUCAAAAUAUUAUGUCAAUCGUAAGAUCAAUUAAAUAAAUUGAUAUGUCUAAGAUCA